AAUAUUAAUACAUAUUAUGGCAAGACGUCAGUCUAGGUGGUAAUAUAGUAGUUUAAAUCUAGUCAUGAUCUCGAAGGGUUGCGCGUUAUUGUUUUUUAUAGUCGCAGCUUGGACGAUACAGUGUUCGGCUGUGUUGAAAAACCAAACUUUGGUGGCUGUCAAAAGAUCUAAUGGCAAGUUCGUCGUCCAACCCAAAUUGUAUAUCACCAAAACCAAAGAACUGAUCGUCGGCAGGGCCAAGUAUACUCACAGUAUAAACGAAACGGGAUGGAGCUUUUUGGAGAUUAGGACGUCGCCAAAAGUAAAAGACCCAGACCAAGCGUACGGGGCUGGGCUCUUGGAAGGUGUGUUGACCGCUGACCUUAUCUACUAUCAUUGGGAGAACACAAUGAAAGGUUACUGUACCGAAGCGUGCCCCAAGGUGAAGGAAUACAUGACCAGCAACAAAGAAUGGAUCGAAUCAAACUUAAACGCGUCCGAUCCUUACUGGUACCAAGUAGGACUUUACGUUAAACAAUUAGACGGAUUGCACGACGGGUACAUGCGUGGUAAGUCUAAAGACGUGCCGAGUCUGUCAUGGGACGAUCUCUACUGGCUAAACGCUAUGGAUGAUUUGGGUGACUUGAUAGCGGCUCUGGAACCUUCUAAAGCCAAUCGCAAAGUCCAAGGCAGCGGUUCGUGUUCGGCUCUUGUGAAACUUUUACCCGGCAACACUGACCUUUUGGUGUCUCACGUUACUUGGGCUGGCUACGAGUCUAUGUUGAGAAUACAGAAGAGGUACAGUCUACGAUUUAGACAAAGCGAAUCGUCGACGAAACUAAUUCCCGGGUUUGACAUGUCAUUCAGCUCUUUUCCCGGUGGCAUCCAAUCCGGUGACGAUUACUACUUAAUGUCUUCGGGACUGGCCACCAUGGAAACGACCAUAGAAAACUACAAUGCGUCCCUGUGGUCGAACAUUCAACCCGUUGGCCAGGUGUUAGAGUUCGUGAGGGCGAUGGUGGCCAACCGGCUUGCAAAAAGUCCGUCAGAUUGGGUUGACAUAUUCAAGAAGUACAACAGCGGUACGUACAACAACCAAUGGAUGGUAAUUAACUAUGCAGCGUUCCGCCCGGGAGAAUCGCUACCCUCGCGGGAUUUACUUUACGUGCUCGAACAAAUGCCGGGAUACAUACUAUACGACGACCUUACCGAACAUUUGGUAAACCAUUCUUAUUGGGCCAGCUACAACGUGCCAGCCUUUCCGUUUAUUUUUAACGUGAGCGGCAAUUACGAUAUGCAACAGCGUUUCGGCAAUUGGUUCUCGUAUACGGACACUCCUAGAGCGAGAAUAUUCGCCAGAGAUCAAGGGAAAAUUCAUUGUGACAACUGUAUGGUACACUUGAUGCGAUCCAACGACUACAGGAACGAUCCGGAGUCGGCUUGUCAAUGCGAUCCUCCGUUUUCGGCGGAAAACGCCAUUUCAGCCAGGAAUGACUUGAACCCGGCCAACGGUACGUAUCCCAUAGCGGCGUUAGGUCAUCGAUCGCACGGGGCCACCGACGUCAAGAUCACCACGUACCGACUAUUUCAUCAGUUACAAUUCAAAUCCGUGUCCGGACCUACUCAAGGCACUGACGACCAGUUCGGUCCGUUCUGUUGGAGCAAAUCCGAUUUCGCCGACACCGUACGCCAUGUCGGUCAACCCGAUUGCUUCGAUUUCGCCCCCGUCACACACCAAUGGUUGCUGUGAUCCGCGUUCGCUAAUAGACCUUCAACCGUUACAUAUCUCCCAUACACUUAAUAUACCGUCGCGGGAAGACCCUAUUUGAUUUUUCAAAAAAACAAUUUUAAAAAAAUAUUAUUACUAACCCAGUAAAGUUUUAUAAAAUAAAAAUAUAUAAUAAAUACGAAGCGUAUAUAGGAUAAAUCCUAACACUAAAAGUAACAAAUCUAUUUGUUUAUCAUUCAUAUGGGUUGAAAACAGCCGUAGGUAUAAGCUAUAAUCGAGGAAAAAAAUUAAUUUUCCGUUCGACCAAUAAGACACUCACAAUAUGCUUAAUAUAUGCAUAAUCCUACCUCUGAUCCUAUGUUUUAAACUUAAAUAAUAAUAGUAAGUAAUUAUCUAAAACUGAUUAACGACUAUUCAAAAUUUUCAGCAAACCAUUGUUAGUUUAAAAAGCUAGUUAAAUAUGUACUUUACCAUUUAAGUUUCGGAAGUUGAUAAAGCUCUGAAGAAUAGUAAAAAAGGUAAAUGUUUAGUAUUUUUUUGAUAUUGUAAAUUAACAAAUAAAAAAAAAAAUUUCAAAAAAGAAAGCUGUAAAAUUAUCAUUGUUUUUUGAGAAAAUGAGUAUCUAAAGUCGACCAUCCUGUCUGAACACAAAUACAUUUGAUUUUCAAAUUACCAAAGCACGGUUUGACUUCAAUUUAUUAAUUUAGAAUUUUAACCAAAAAUUGCCUAUACCGAACGCCUAGGAGUCGGCGAACUUGAACCAUGCAUCGUGACAUUGGAGAUGUCCCGAGACAAAAUAAGUCCAAAAACGGAAUAAUAUCUAAAAUCUAAGUUUUGUAACGAGGAUAUAAACAAACAAGGGUAAAAUUACAACCCUGUUAAAAAUUAAAUUUCAAUACGACAAU